AUUUCCCCUUAAUAUUUGGCUCAAUUUUUCCAGCUCUUCCCCCUUUUGCCUACCGGAAAAUAAUCGAGAGAAAAUUGCGCCGAAAAAACAACCAUUUAGCUGUUAACGUUUGCUUUCGGUUGCCCGGCGUUACAAAUACUCACCCACAUACAAAGAUACACUAACACUUACACAUUGUAAACUGCUUUAUCGAUAAGUUUCGUUUGUUGUUUGACGGCAGCACAUCAGCGGCUUAGUAUACAGGAAUAACUAAAGGGGAGUGGUCAUCUUUUUUGGAGCUGAAGAAUCGUAAAGAAGAACCACCAGCAGCAGCAUGCCGCCAAAGGGUAAAAAGGGCAAGAAAGGCAAGAAGUUGCCAGUGCUUAUCGAUGGCGUGGACACAUCGGCAAUGACCCGCGACCAGCUGGAGGCCUUUGCUCUCCGGCUGAAGGCGGAAAUGGAUCGGGAGCGUGAGGAGAGGAAUUACUUUCAGUUGGAGCGGGACAAGAUACGCACAUUUUGGGAGAUCACACGCCAGCAGUUGGAUGAAACACGAUAUGAGCUGCAGCAGAAGGACAAGGAGAUUGAAGCUACACAGGACCUUGCCGAUAUCGACACCAAGCACGUGAUGCAACAGAUGAAGCAUCUGCAGUUCGAGAAUCACAAUAAAUUAGGCGAAGUUCGGGCUGAGGCGAUGACGCAACUGAAGUUGGCCCAAGAGCACCAUGUCCUGCAGGAGAAUGAGCUACAAAGGGACAAGCGCCAGUUGCGCAGGAUGCUGCGGGAAAGGAUGGAGAUGAGCGAGAUGCAGCUGCGCCAAAUGGAGGCCCACUUCAACGAGAAGCUGCUGGAGCAGCGCAUCACCUUCGAGCGAGAGCGCAAGGACAACGAGAUGCUGCACGAGGAGAAGAUGAUCGAGCAAAAGGCCAAGCUGGACUUGUUCUACGGAACACAGAUGUUCGAGGUGGAAGAACGGAAGAACCAGCAGAUUAAGGACCUACAAGACCACCAUGACCUGGCCUUCAAUGACAUGAAGAACUACUACAACGACAUUACACUAAACAAUCUAGCUCUGAUUGGCAGCAUGAAGGAGCAGCUGGAACAUCUUCGCAAACAAGCGGAGAGAUCGGACAGGAUCGCUGCGGACACGGCGGCGGAGAAUCGGCGUUUGAAGGAACCAUUGGAACACGCCAAUAUCCAGUUAAAUGAAUACCGUCGCAAACUGGAGUUCUACGAGCGGGAUAAACAGCAGUUGAGUCGCCUCAAAGUACGAAACACGCGGCUGGAGAAGAAAGUCAAGGGUCUUACUUGGGAGGCGGAAACACUGAUUUUACGCAAUGAUUCCUUGGUGGCGGAACGGGAGGGCCUUAAGGAGCGCUUCAACGACGUCAUCGUGGAGCUACAGCAGAAGACCGGACUAAAGAAUGUCCUUCUGGAGCGCAAGAUCGCCGCAUUGGUUCGCGAAGACGAAAAGCGCAGUAUUGUCCUUCACGAGACGAUCGCCACUUGUGCCCCCAAUUUCGCCGAGAAGUUGACCACCUUAGAUGAACGUGUGGGCAACAUCGUCGACGAGAAGAACAAGAUCAUCCUUGACCUGCGUUAUGAAGUUGCCAAGGCCCGCAAGGCCCAUGACGAUCUCCUCGAGACUUACGAGUGCAAGCUCAAGCAAUACGGCGUUCCCACUGAUGAACUUGGCUUUAAGCCACUCCGAGAUCGGGAACAGCAACAGUUAUAUGUUUGCGGUCCUGCGGGAAUAGUUACGGAGAAUAAAUAACAACGUACAGAAAAAAGUAAGGCAUUAAACUCUAAUAGAUCAACAAUCAAAAUCGAAAAAAAAAAUAAUCAAAUGGUAAAAAAAAGAUUCAUAAAUUGAAAAUUAUAUAAUGAGAUGGGACUUCUCGCAAAGGCAAGGACAGGAAAAUAUUCACAAGGAAAUGAUUAAAAAUAAUUAUUUAGUUGGAAACAUAUAACAGAAUAUCUUAUUAUAUUUGAUCCUAAUGAAAAAAAAAAAUUAAAAAUGCAAGAAAGAGCAAAGGAAGUCAUAAGAAAGAAACUUUGGGCCAUGGAAUAUUUUUACCAUACGAAAAAAUAAAAGGAUAUCAUCGAUUGAAAAGCGGGAAAAGAUUAAUCAUAAAAAAAACCAUUGAAAUCUAAGAAGCCAAAAUACAAAAUUUCGUCUUUACAGCUCCAAUAAAUGUAAAUUGUUAGUGCUGUUCUGGAUUAUUUACAAUUUAUUCAACAAUAUUGUAGAAGUCUAAGUAUUAUAAAAAAAACCCUCUCGAACAAUUUUUGAGAACAAUAAAAUUUCAAACAAUA